AAUAGUUCACGUAGAAUGAAACACUUGGUCCUUCGAGCCUUGUCUUGAGUUGUGAUAAUUUGUGAAAUUAUAUUUGUAAAUAAAAGAAGGUUUUUAAAGUUGUUAUAGUUGCUUAUAAUGUCUAUGCGACCGGAUGAUCAUCGUCGAAAAUGGGAUAAGACAGAAUACCAACGACUGGCACAGGAAAGGUUACAAAACCAGACGGCUAAGGCAAAUCCGAAGGAUGAAGAACCCAUACAACGCGAGAACCUAAAGCGGCGGGACUACAAAGUCGAUCUUGACAGUAAACUCGGAAAAAGCGUUGUUAUAAACAAGAACACUCCUACCUCACAAUCUGGUGGCUACUAUUGCAAUGUAUGCGACUGUGUCGUUAAAGACUCAAUUAAUUUUCUUGAUCAUAUCAAUGGCAAAAAACAUCAAUGUAAUUUGGGCAUGUCCAUGAAAGUGGAGCGCAGUACUGUCGAUCAAAUAAAAGAACGAUUUAAAGCGAAUAAACAAAAUAUGGAAGAAAAACAAAAAGAUUACGAGUUGGAACGGCGCCUACGUGAAGCUAAAGAGGAGGAAGAACGUUACAAGGAGCAUCGAAAAGAGAAACGGAAAGAGCGUAAAAGGAAAGCCAGUGAUACCGAUCUAUUGGGUGGCGGUUUAUCUGAUGAUAUGGCAGCUAUUAUGGGAUUUUCUGGAUUUGGCGGUACCAAAAAGAAUUCUUAGAAGAAAACAAGAAAUUCGGUUGUUAUGGAAUUAAAAAUAACUCCAUAGGUCCCGCAAUCACCAUACAUUAAGCCUAUUCAAAAUAUCUGGAACAUUUGGGAAAAUCGUAUUCGAAAACAUCGAAUUUCAUCAAAAUAAGGCCAAAAAGCUGGACAAUGGACUUAGUGGGUCAAAAUAUCCGGAAAUAAUACUAGAAAUUGAGUGGGGAGCAUACAUCGAUGUCUAGGGAACAAAAAUUAGGCCAAAAACCGCUUAAAACUAUUGUAAUUACUUUUGAUUUAUAUAAAUAAUCAUUAGUGUACGUAAACUUUUUUGAUAUAAAUUAUGCCAAUUUUAAGCUUUAGCAUUAUUUUUUUUUAUUUGUGUAAAAAAUAAAAUAUUUUGAUAUGCUAAA